AUGCGCACCCUCCCAGCAAAAAACAACCCUAUGAUCCAGCCAGAUGCCUCCCCAUCGCAUGAGGAGCUUCUGUCGCGCCGCCGUCUUGGCUCAACUAAUUUAACUGUCAAACCGGAUCAUUUCAACACAUCUAAUGCUACCAGACCCGAGAAUCUUGGGGUUUUUGAGUAUGCGCAUUUACGGGCACCGCUUCCCAAAAACCUCAAGGGAUCUGAGAUAUUCUCCCAAUCUACACCGAACCCAGACACCUAUUUUUUGAUGCGACGGAGCAAGGAUGGGUAUGUUAGCGCAACAGGAAUGUUUAAAAUUGCUUUCCCUUGGGCAAAACACGCCGAAGAGAAAAGUGAACGCGAAUAUCUCCGAACCCGUUCCGAGACGAGCUCUGACGAAAUAGCGGGAAAUUUGUGGAUCUCCCCAUCACUUGCUCUUGAGUUGGCUGAAGAAUAUAAGAUGUACAACUGGGUUCGUGCACUUUUGGAUCCAACCGAUAUACCCCAGAACCCCACGAAAUCCCCAACGAAAUCUGAGAGGCUCAUCACGGCACCACCAAAGUUUGAUGUCUCGAAGAUCGAUAGCUCUACUUUUGCUCCACCACCAUCCACUACUCGAAGUAGAACGUUACGUUCUGCAUCGCCUUCCAAGCCUUCAGCCAAGUUGAAGGCCACUCCGCGCAAGAAGACGACAAGGACUAUGAAGGAACACGGAACACCAUCUGCGCUGGCUGCAAGUGAAUCUCUACAGAGUUCUCUUGACGCUGUCACAGAUGCUGCUUCAGCUAUUGAGAAGGAAGAUAUUCAAGAUGAGACGGAUCAAGCCGAGAUAAAUGGAGGGGAAGAACAUAGUGAUCCAGAAGGAGAAGAAACACCAGUGAAGAACUCAACGGACCAUGUGAAGGUCAACGUCCAGUCAGAGACGACAGUCGAUACAACAGAAGAUUUGGAGACAUCACGUACAACAGUGACCGUGGAAAUGCCUAACGGCCUUCCAGAAUUGCCCCUUCCGCAUGAUACCGAGGAGAUGAUCGCAAAAGCAAAAGAAAUGGUAGAGGAAGCCGCAAAGUUACAUGAAGAUGGUGAAGAAACUGUCGUUUCUUCAAAAUUAUCGAGGAAACGAAAAGUUGACGAGACUGCUGACGGUACGGAGGGUGCUGAUGCUGAAGUUAUGCCCACACAGCCUGCAAAGAAAGCAAGAUUUCUCGAGGCCAGAUUAAGACGCGAACGUGUUCGGAAUAGGGCCCUUAUUGGAGUAACUGCGACACUAGCGAUUGUGGCUACUAUUCCCUAUUUCUUUUAG